UGACAUUGGCUUGCUUUGAUGAAAUUUGAAUUUCCAGCGUGUGGCUUCAGAACAUGGCCUUAUAUUGGUUGACACAAAGUAUGAAUUUGGGAAGGCAGAGGACGGUUCAAUUAUGUUGAUUGAUGAGGUGCACACUCCUGAUUCAAGUAGAUAUUGGAUUGCCAAUUCUUAUCUUGAGCGCUUUCAAAAUGGUUUGGAGCCUGAAAAUGUUGAUAAGGAGUUCUUGAGGCUGUGGUUCAAAAAUCACUGCAAUCCUUAUGAAGAUGAGGUUCUUCCUGAAGCUCCUGAAGAUCUUGUUUGCGAAUUGUCUUGGCGAUACAUUUUCUUGUAUGAGACUAUAACAAAAUCAAAGUUUGAAGUGCUUUCGUCUGAGGAGCCAAUACAUGAGCGAAUAUCACGAAAUGUUGCAUCUGCACUGGCAUCUUUGAAGUAGCCUGGGAAUGUUGGGACUUUUUCAAUUCUGUAUUCUAUAGACCCCUUUCUGAGGAUAUAUUUAAAACUUACAAGCGGCAGAAAUUCUACCAAGAAGUAUUUUUUUAAAUAAAAGAAAUUCUA